AUGAAUUUCGGAGAUCUAACUAACCGAAAUAUUUGUUUUUAUAGAAAAAAAGGUGGAAAAACUGUAUCUCACCAAUCUGGAGGAGCUUUCAGAGGUACAUUUUUAUGUGUGUAUAUUUUCACACGAAUACCUUUACUUAAUAUAUUAUNGUCUUUUUCAGUUAAAGAAGAUCAAACCGAUGACAAACUCACUCAAGAAAAUCUGGAACUGGAAGCCAUCGAAAAUAGAUGUCGGAAACCCAAUCCUCCGCUCACCGGAUAUCUCUCUUGUUUAAAUCGUUCUCACGCUUUAGAAUGCACUGGAACCUGCAUGCCCGAUUACGCUUUUUCUAACGGAAUAACCUCGAUGACGCUAACUUGCUCCUUUACUUCCGGAAAAUGGUCUCCUCGUAGCGUCUUUCCUCCGUGCUACGAGAUAGGCAAUACUCCUAAUAAUGAUAACGAAGAGAAACUCGACAAUGAAGAUACUAGAAAUCCAAAUCCUCCUCCGAUUUGCGAAAAUCCGCCUCCGCCCAACAAUGGAAAUGUAUUUUGCAACCCUAAACCGGAUAUGAAAGUUUGUAAAGCCUACUGUUCUCCAGGAUAUCAUUUUCCGGAUGGUUCCACCGAAAUGAUGACAGAAUGUUUUACUCACAGUAAUAAAUGGAUUCCUUACAACAAGUUUCCUUCUUGUACCGGUGCAGGCAAGUUUUUUUUUAUUUAUUUUUAA